AUGUACACACACUUCCUGGUCCUUCAGACCAAAAUCAACAAUGAGAAAGACUAUGACAAGAAAGUGAAUGAUGAAGACAUGAUCUACAAACUGAGCAAACUGGCUUUUCAGCAGCUUAUGGAAGGAAAUCUGAUCUUUUAUGAAGAAGAUCUGAGAGAGUGUGGCAUUGAUGUGACAGAAGCAUCAGUGUACUCAGGAUUGUGCACUCAGAUCUUUAGAGAGGAGUUUGUACUGUGUCAGAGAAGAGUCUACUGUUUUGUUCAUCUGACUAUGCAGGAACAUCUUGCAGCCCUGUAUGUGUACCUCUCCUUUAUCAACAAUAAGAUAAAUGUGUUCAAUAUCACACCAGAUCAAUAUACCACACCAUCUAUGUUAUCAAAUCCAGGAAUGUUUCUAUCUGACCUGCUUAAAAUUGCUGUUGAUAAAGCCCUGGCCAGUGCAAAUGGGCAUCUGGAUGUAUUCCUUCGUUUCUUUCUGGGCCUCUCAUUGGAGUCCAAUCAGACUCUCUUAAAAGGCCUUCUUAAACAACCAGGAAGUAGCUCCGGUUGCACAGGAAAAACCAUUAAGUACAUCAAACACAAGAUAAUGGAGAAUCCCUCUCCAGAGAGGUCCAUCAACCUGUUCCACUGUCUGAAUGAACUGGGUGACCAUUCUCUUAUCAAGGAAGUUCAGCAUUUUCUUAAUUCUGGAACAAUAAGAGGAACACGACUUUCACUCUCUCAGUGGUCAGCUGUUGCCUUUGUGUUGCUGACCUCAGAAGAGCUGGAUGUGUUUCACAUGAGCAAAUAUGCCAGAAUGUGCAGUGACAUUGAUGAAGUUCUUGUGAGGCUGCUGCCUGUGAUUGAAGCUUCUAAAACAGCCCAUCUUCAUUACUGUAUACUGUCAGAGAAGUGUUGUAAAGCUUUAGCCUCAGCUGUCAGUUCAAAUAACUCCUGUCUUAGGGAGCUGAACUUAAAUGGAAAUGGACUUAAGGAUGAAGGAGCGAUGGACUUCUUUUCCGGUCUAGAGAGUCCACAUUGUAAACUGGAGGUACUGAGGCUUGCAAACUGUAAACUGACAGACAAAAGUUGUUCUGUUAUGGCUGUAGCGCUUAAAACAAAAUUACUGAGCUUGAAAGAGCUCAGUCUGAAUUGCAAUAACCUGCAGGACACAGGAGUAAAGCAGCUUGCUGCUGGAUUGCAGAAUUCAUACUGUAAACUGGAGAUAUUUAAGUAA